AUGGCUCGUCAAGGUGUUCCCAAGGACAUCGCUGCCCUCUCUCUCCCCAACCAGGGCUCUGUCAAGGUGCGCAUCUUUGGACAUGUUAGCCGGUCUCUCUGCAGAUAGGUGGAUGACAGGAGAGUGAUACAAUAGCAGGGAGGCAGCGACUUUGGUCACUAGACGAAGUGUAGGGUGCAGCAAACGCGCACCGCAGGUCGGCUGUUGUUUCUCACGAGGGCCUCGUGCUUGAGACUGGGCUGCGGUACCAAACACCGACUUACAGAUGCAGCACUGAGCUGCUAGAUUGCGCGGUUCACGGUGCGGCGUGGAGGAUGGAGGUUUGGCAGCUUGCUAGGGCUUUAGCUCUCCACCGCAGAGGAUUAUUGUACGGGCUGGAGAUAUCAGUGUGCCCCUUGGAUGCUCGAGGGCUCGAAGCUGACGCGAUAAUCUCACCCGUUUGCAGCUCUUUGGCAAAUGGGACUUCACAGAGGUUGAGGUCAAGGACAUCUCCCUCACCGAUUACAUUCAGCUUCGUCACGCUGUCUACACCCCUCACACUGCUGGCCGAUAUGCCAAGAAGCAGUUUCAAAAGGCCAACCAGCCCAUCGUCGAGCGAUUGGUCAACGCGUGAGUAUCAGCCGCUUAGAGUGCAGGGCGUGUAGUGAUGGUCCAAGUCGGCUGUUGAAGGGGGGCUGGCAUGACGUGCAGCCCGAGUUCGUCGCUUACCAAGCCGAGUGAUCUCGAUUCGCAGUCUGAUGAUGCACGGUCGCAACAACGGAAAGAAGCUCAUGGCAGUGCGCAUCGUCGCUCACGCUUUCGAGAUCAUCAACCUCCUUACCGAUGCCAACCCCAUUCAAAUUCUUGUCGACGCCAUCGUGAACACUGGUCCUCGUGAAGACUCUACCCGUAUCGGUUCUCAAGGGACUGUCAGGCGUCAGGCUGUUGAUGUCAGUCCCUUGCGCCGUGUCAACCAGAGUUUGACUCUGAUCACCACCGGUUGUCGCGAGAGCGCUUUCCGCAACGUCAAGAGCAUCGCAGAAUGCCUCGCCGAUGAGCUCAUCAACGCCGCCAAGGGCUCUUCCAACUCUUACGCCAUCAAGAAGCGUGACGAGGCUGAGCGUGUUGCUCGCUCUAACCGAUAA